GGUGGGGAUGUGAUUACCACACAGGCAGAGAAGUCCUAUGGAUUGGUGGAAGUGUAGGCCUGGCUCUCAGGACCUGCUGUGGCCUGCAGUCCUGCCUGUGGCUGGGCCCUGUACCAGGGGUUUGGAGUUGGCAGAUUCUCAGCAAAAGUGUGGUUGGAUCCUCAGUCAACCCCAAUGUUAAGAAGGGCUCAAAAGAAUCAGGCAGAAAAAUGGUUGUGACUUUGAGAGCCUGGUGUGAGAACAGAAGGAGGAGGUCUGUGGUUCCCAGCCAGGUCUCAGGGAAGAAGUGUUGUAGAUGGUCAGGCUCAGAGGAAGCAGAGCCGGCUAUGAAAAGGUCAUCUAGUGAAGUACCAUGUGCAAAGUUACUUUCCUUUCCUGUCCUGUGUCCCAGUGAAAAGUGACCUGGCAUGAUGGCACUUGGGAUGCUGAGGCAGGAGCAUUCUGAGUUUGAGGCCAGCCUGAGCUACAUAGUGACAGCCUGUCUCACACUAAAAGCUCUGGUGGCGCUGUCCUUCAGCGGGGCAAUCGGGCUGACCUUUCUGAUGCUGGGAUGUGCCCUGGAGGAUUAUGGCGUGUACUGGCCCCUGUUCGUGCUGCUCUUCCAUGCCAUCUCGCCCCUGCCCUAUUUCAUCGCCAAGAGGGUCUCCUACGACUCGGACGCGGCCAGCAGCGCCUGUCUGGAGCUGGCCUAUUUCUUCACCACCGGGAUCGUGGUUUCUGCCUUUGGCUUUCCUGUUAUCCUUGCUCGAGUGGCUGUGAUCAAGUGGGGAGCCUGCGGCCUUGUGCUGGCGGGCAACGCAGUCAUCUUCCUGACUAUCCAAGGUUUCUUCCUCAUCUUUGGAAGAGGAGAUGACUUUAGCUGGGAGCAGUGGUAGCUGGGGGCGUGGGGUUCUGUAGACUCUGUCCGGAUGUACACGUGCACACCUGCCCUUUUACUAUGGUGUUUAUAUGCUGAGUUUUUAUACUUUUCUAUCAUGUCACUUCGGGCAGACUUUGUAAGUAAGGGAUUAGCUUUCCUUUCAGCAAGCAGAAUUGGAUUGCAGCAUUUGGCCGGCUGUUCACGUGGGCACAGUGUGCUCAGAAAUGCAUAUGGACGGUGUGUGGACAGCUGCUCACUUGGGCAAGGCUCCUAAGGCCCAGAGAGAGGAGACAGAGUCGGCUUCCCAGGUGUCCUUGGCCGCCCUUCUUCAAAUGGGAUCAGGAGAUCACGGGUGGCAGCAGCACCUUGGGCCUUAUUAGCAACGGAGACCUGAAGGCCCCGCCCUGCCCCAGUGUGUUUUUGUGGGUGUCCAUGGGUCUUGUGUACACAUUAAUGCUUGAGAAGCUUUGCCUUGGACUAAGCAUCGCCCCGACUUCCCUGCCCUCCUUUGGCUCGACCACUGCACCCCAACAGCAACUGCUUGCCCCUUUGUAAGAGAAUGUCCCACUGCCCAAGUGAGUUCAGAUCCCUGUGGAGCCCGUGAGGGGCACAUGCUUGGAGCGUCUUGGCAGGUGUCCUCGGCUGGUGACCCGGAGCCCUGCGGGGUGGGGAAGAAGGCUAGGGCUGGAAGUGGGGUGUCCUUUGUCACUCCCUUUUGUAAGCACCCCACCCCUGCCUUGCUUUCAGCAGGGCUCUUGAUGGCUCUGACUGCUGCUUCCUAAAAGGAGGAGAGGUCUGGGAGCUGCAGAGGGCGGGGCCUCAGCUGUACCGACCCCUCGGUGUGCUGCUUACCCUUCCUAUGGGACUUUAAGCCACUUGUAACUGAAGCAUUAGCAAUGCAACGUCACGUGGAAUCCCGUAAUCAUGGCUUUUUUGGCUCAUCCUUUUACCCAAGACCUGUUGAGGAAAGGAAACGUGAGACAUGGAACCACUUGAUCCAUUACGAUGGUUGGAGAGCACUGAUGUGCCGCCUGGGCUGUGUGUUUGGGACACUCCCGCCCUGAGGUCCACGCCCCAAGGCCAGCGCUGCUUCCCUUCCGGACAGAAGAGGGUAGCUCCUGGGGGAGACCGAGAUGCUGCGUGGGCUGUGCAUGAUCUCCAGUUCUCAGUGUUCUGUUUACAUAUGGAAUCGGUCAGAUUGUAGUCCCAGUAUUUACAUUAGAAAAAAUACUUAGAUACUUUAUAACUUUAACCAGCAUUUUCAAUCAUGACACUUGACACUGUAUUGUAAUAAAUUUCACUUUUAACAUACAAAAA